AGGGAUUUGGGUCGGGUCUAGAGAUGUACAUAGUGGAAAGCAAAGGAGGAGCGAUAGCAUGUAUGUUGCUAGCGCUCCUCUUCCUAGGAACAUGGCCCGCCAUUCUAACAUUGUUAGAAAGGCGUGGCCGGCUUCCUCAACACACUUAUCUUGAUUACACAAUUACCAAUUUUCUAGCUGCUGUCAUUAUUGCAUUUACAUUAGGAGAAUUUGGCCCUAGCAAUGAUGAUCAGCCCAGUUUCUUAGUCCAGCUUUCUCAGAAUAAUUGGCCCAGCGUACUGUUUGCAAUGGCGGGUGGGGUAUUUUUAAGCCUCGGAAAUCUGUCAUCGCAAUAUGCAUGGGCAUUUGUUGGAUUGUCAGUGACCAAUGUGAUCUGCUCAAGUACUACCGUAGUUAUAGGUACUACAUUGAACUACUUUUUAGACGACAAGAUCAACAGGGCCGAGAUACUUUUCCCAGGUGUUGCUUGUUUCUUGAUUGCUGUUUGUCUUGGUUCUGUGGUGCAUACAUCCAACACAAAAGAUAAUCAAGAAAAGCUUGAUAGAUUAGAAAAUUCUGAAGUAGGAAGAGGGUUACUUAGUAACGAAUCAAAAUUGAAUUCAAGUAAGGGUUGUGAGUAUGGAACUUUCAAGGAAGAGAAAGUACAAGCAGGGACUGCAGAUUUUCUUAUUGAGCUCGAGAGCCGAAGAUCAAUCAAGGUAUUAGGGAAAAACACAUUGAUUGGUUUGGCAUUAUGCUUAUUUGCCGGGAUUUGUUGCUCUCUCUUCUCACCAGCGUUCAAUCUCGCAACCAAUGACCAGUGGCAUUCAUUAGAUGAAGGUGUCCCUCACCUAAGUGUCUACACAACCUUUUUCUACUUUUCUUUCUCAUGUUUCGUGAUUGCCAUAAUAUUGAACACUAUGUUCCUUUACCGCCCAUUGUUCAAUUUGCCUCAAUCUUCGAUCAAGAAGUAUUUGAACGACUGGGAUGGUCGAGGCUGGGCGUUUUUGGCUGGUUUUUUGUGUGGUUUUGGUAACGGUCUCCAGUUUAUGGGAGGCCAAGCUGCUGGUUAUGCUGCAGCUGAUGCAGUUCAGGCACUUCCACUUGUGAGUACUUUUUGGGGCAUACUCUUUUUUGGCGAAUACCACAAAUCAUCCAAGAGAACAUACGUGCUUCUUAUAGGCAUGCUAUCAAUGUUUAUAGUGGCUGUUGGAGUUCUGAUGGCAUCAUCUGGCCAACGCAAACAUUAGAGACAUUAGCUUAAAAUUAUCUAAGGGAAGAAAUGUUGCCCUGUCGCAGUAUAGCCAACUUUGUACAGACAUAAACAAAUCUGAAGUGACAUAUGCACAUUGCAGAUGGGAAUUUAUUAGGCUUAUAUAAAAAUUGAAACCUGUACAGCAGGAACGAGUUACAUUUCUAGGCUUGUAUUCAUUACAUUCAUUCAAUUGUUAAUAUCAUGCAUUGGCCAAGAAUUAUUUUUGUAAUCUAACAAUCUUUUGACGCAAUAUUUUUGUAAUCUAAAAAAUCUUUUGUCAAUAUUUUAUAUGAAACGCAACUAUUCACACACCA